UGUCAUCACGGUGCAAGGAGGGAAGCGCCUCAGCAGUGAUUCUUCACUCAACACACUUCUGCUACACAACCUGCAGCACGAUGUUGGUGCCAGUGGUGUUAUAUUCCUGUCUGCUGUCUCUGACACACGCCGCCACUGAAGUGGGUCUCGGCGGUAAAGUGCUUCUGUUCCCGUACGAGACGGAUUUCAGCUUUGUUGAACUCACUCCUAAAAAGCCUCUUGGCCUGUCAGCGUUUACUCUCUGCAUGCGCGUGGCGACGGAGCUCCAGGGCGAGCGGCAGAUCAUUCUCUUCGCCUACCGAACGCCCGACUACGACGAGCUCAACGUGUGGAGGGAGAAAGACGGCCGUGUGUCCUUCUAUCUCAGAGGCGACGGGGCGUUUUUCCACCUGCCUCCUCUCUCCAGCUUCAGGAUGCACCUGUGCCUCACCUGGUCCUCUCACACCGGGCUCACGGCCUUCUGGGUGGAUGGACGGCGCAGUGCGUUCCAGCUGUACAAACCGGGUCACAGCAUCCGUGCGCAGGGCACCGCUAUACUGGGCCAGGACGCAGAUAAACACCUGGGGGACUUCGAGACGCUGCAGAGUUUCGCCGGCGAGCUCACGGACCUGAACAUGUGGGACUACGUCCUCACCGGAAACCAGAUUAAAGCGCUGUACUUCAACCAGGCGCAGCGCGUGCCGAAGCCUAACGUGUUCGAGUGGAGCACCAUUCAAUACGAGAUUAAGGGAAACGUGCUAGUCGUGCAAGAUGAAUGAUUAUAGAUGCUGAUAUUACAACAUAGUUUGUGGAUUUAAGAACUUUUUGGUUUAUUUCAUUUGGAUUGAUUGAGGAUGAGUGACUCGAUGGCUGAUAAUGUUAUUUAAAUAAUAGAUUGAUAAGUCAUAACUAAAUGAACAUGUUAAAGGAGUAGUUCACUUUAAAAAAAAACUUUUGCUGAUAAUUUACUCACCCCCAUGUCAUCCAAGA